UUUUUGGUACAACAAAUCAUUACCAGACAGCGAUUCUUUCUCCCCCCCUCUCUUUCUUCCACGCCCAGUUUCCAUCCUGUCACGAUUUCCCCCAAAAUUCCUUAAUUUUUCUGCAAUUUUUUUUUUUCAAUUUCUGUAAAUUUUGUGAAUGAAGGAGUAAGACCAUGGAGGAUUGCAGUUAGGGUUUCGUCGUUAAAGCUCCUGCAAAUAUCGUCUUCAGGCGACAGAAGGUGUGGAGUGUUGCAGAAGCGUAGAAAGGGGAAAAGUUAGGGUUUUCUUGCGGAUCCGAUCUGGGAGGGGUUAGUCUCUGGCGACAAUGGCCAGCAACUUGCCGAUGAGUCCUCAGUUGGAGCAGAUCCAUGGCGAAAUACACGAUAAUUUUCGAGCCCUCGCAAAUGGCUUCCAGAAGCUGGACAAGAUCAAAGACUCCAACAGACAAAGUAAACAGCUGGAGGAACUUACAGGAAAGAUGAGGGAAUGUAAAAGAUUAAUUAAAGAGUUUGAUCGUGAAAUCAAGGACGAGGAGAGCCGAAAUCCUCCUGACGUGAAUAAACAGCUUAAUGAUGAGAAGCAAUCUAUGAUCAAAGAGCUGAAUUCAUAUGUACAAUUGAGAAAAACGUAUAUGAAUAGCCUUGGUAACAAGAAAGUCGAACUCUUUGAUAUGGGAGCAGGAGUUAGUGAACCCACUGCUGAUGAGAAUGUCCAAAUGGCUUCAGCUAUGUCAAAUCAAGAACUAAUCAAUUCUGGGAUGAAAACAAUGGAUGAGACUGAUCAGGUCAUUGAACGCUCUAAAAAGGUUGUUGAGCAAACAGUUGAAGUGGGAACUCAAACUGCUGUUACCUUAAAGGGCCAAACUGACCAAAUGGGCCGCAUUGUGAAUGAGCUGGACACAAUUCAGUUUUCAAUUAAGAAGGCCUCUCAGCUUGUAAAGGAGAUUGGUAGACAGGUGGCAACAGAUAAAUGCAUCAUGCUUUUUCUUUUGCUUAUUGUAAUUGGUGUAAUAGCAAUUAUUGUUGUGAAGAUUGUGAACCCUGGCAAUAAAAACAUCAGGGAUAUCCCUGGAUUGGCACCGCCUGCCGCAAGGAGGCUUUUGUCACUGAGUCCUCCGCAACAGUUCGAAUAGUUUCCUCUUCCCUUACAAGAUUCAAAUUUUCCGAUAUAGUUACCAUGAUUCAAGUUCUGGGGAAUGCAGAGGAAGCUCAGAGGAAUAGUUGCGGUGAUUGGUUUUUUUCUAUACACAUUCUUGCCCGAGUUGUGCAUAAAGUUUGUGAUUCUCUAUGUAAAUCACGCGAGUCUUUUUUUUCGCUUUGGUUUAAUGGCCAGCCACGGUUUCUGUAAUAUUUCCAAGAUUGUUUUAGUUGAGAGAAGUACUUUGUUCUAUUUGUACUCACCAUGGAGAUGUAUUGCCUUUCAAUCUUGUAUGCACGCUAUUUUCUUUCAAUUUCUAGUGAAUGUCGGAGCGGCUUGUUGCAA